GAGCGCAGAACGGCAAUGCGCAGCCGCCGGCCGGGCCGGCCCGGGGGCGGGGGUGAAGGGACCGGGAGGGAGCGCGGGGCGGGGCCGGGCCCGGUGCGGGGAGCCGGGGCGGUGGGGACGGCGUUUCCUCUUCCCGGGGCUGAGGCGAUUCCCGCCGCAACCGGCCCGCGCCGCCACGGCGGGGUGUGCCCUCCCUCCUCUGAGGCCCACGCGCCCCCCGCCCCCUCCGCGGCUGAGGGAAGGGAGCGGCCGCCCUUCUUCCCCCGGCGAGGCGCGGGUGUCCCCGGCCGUGCGGGGCUGAGGGGAAGGGGGUGCCGCUCCUUCAGCGCCCCGGACAGAGCCAUGGCGAUAGCUGCAGUCUCCGAGGCGGAAGCCCGGCUGUGUGGCAACUGCAAAAAGGAGAUUCCUGUUGCUAAUUUCAUCAUGCAUGAAAUCCACUGCAGCAGAAAUAUUGAAGUAUGCCGCUACUGCAGUGAAUUAAUCCCAAAGUCUGAAAUGAAGAACCAUAUUGAGUCUGAACAUGUGCAGGUGACCUGCAAGUGUAGCACGAAGAUAGAAAAAUUUCUCUUGAAGGAUCAUGAGGCAUCAGCGUGCCCUCUGCGCCCUGCCGUCUGCCAGUACUGUGACAUACAGCUGAGUUUCAACAAGCUCCAGGACCAUGAAAUUUACUGUGGAGCUCGGACUGAGAGGUGUGGUGGGUGCGGUCAUAACAUCAUGGUGAAAGAUCUAAAAGACCAUCCUCGAGUCUGUGGGCAAGAGGUGAAACAAGUGAGAACGGUGCCUCGCUUUGAGGAUGAGGAUGCAGACUUGCACACCCUUCGAGACCUUAGAAAUGGACUAAGAUCAGAGGAUGAACUGGAGCAGCUGGAGAGAAAUGAAAAUACUCAUUCUUCACUUUAUGAAGAGUGGAACGCCGAUUUAGACUAUGUGUUGGCUCUUAGCCUACAAAAUGAGAAUAAUCCUCUCAGUAAUACUGCAGAUGAAAUGCCCAGUGACUUCUGGGAGAACUACUACACCAAAGAGUCUGUGCUGUCGGCCUGUCUUAAUGAAACAGACAAGUCAAAUAUUUUCUCCUGUGACUCUUCAGUGUCUUUUAGCACGUCAAACCACAUAAAGAAUGACGAGAUCAUCAUGCUGCCAUGUGAAUUUUGUGAGGAGCUCUACCCUGCCGAAGAUCUGAUUCUUCAUCAGACAGGUUGUAACCCAGCAAGUGCCUUUGCCUCGUUCAGUAAAAUAAGUUCUUCUCUAAAUCCACGAGAAUAUGAUGGUCUACGUGCUACUGGGUCCAAAAGCCGUAGGUUUCUCUCUUCGUCCCAGCCCCAAGCUGUCCAGACAGAAGGGAACUUCAUGAUUCCAUGUGAAUUUUGUGGCAUCAAACUAGAAGAGGAGAUGCUCUUUCAUCAUCAGCACCAUUGUGACCUGCGCCCGGCCAGGCCAGCAGCCAGCUUUCCAUCUCGGCAGCUGCUCGCUCCUCAAGCCAACAGAGAGAGAAGAGAAUCACCAGAGCUGGCUCGGAGACGAAUCAGGCAUCAAGGAGAUGUCUCUCCUUGGUGCACAGAAGGCUUUGGGCAGCAGAGGCUCAGCCAUCCUGCACGAGGGACCAAGUCACUGAGCAACACGGCAAACACCAGGAACACACUGCUGUCCUCUUCAGCGAGAGCUAGCGAUGCUCCCGAAUCAAGGGGGAAGCUCAGGAAAGCGGCUGGGAGCGAGGGAGGACCGAAGAACAGCGGUGCGAGUGAAUCUGCAGGAGGGACGACGCCACGUGCGAGACCUACUCACGACUCUCAUUCUGAAGCCUUCACAUCCAGCUCCUCGAGAACUUCUCCAGCCCAACCAAGCAAUGGAAGAGGAAGGAGCCUCGGGAUGGCGGACGGUCCAGUUGGAAUGAGGCGCAGGAACACCAAGGCAAAAGUACAGAGCCCAUCAUCUGGUCAUCCAGAGAAGUGAUCCACCACUUACGAAAAACACAUUCGGCACUCUGGACACUAUUACUGUGCACUCGAGUACUUAUUUAGCUGAGUGCAAGUGAACUCCUAUAUUGCCCUGUCACUGAGGACUUUCUAUGAAUUUAAAUUUUUAUAGACAGUGGCCUUUUUAUAUCUAUCUCUAAUUUGUGAGCAUAUACAACAAGUUUUUACUUCUGUGCUCUGUAUUGGCACCACCCCCAGACAGCAGGUAUGCUCCUGCCUUGGGAACCACCUGGGUUAUGUUUCCGUACUGGCUCUUUGUGACACCCAGUGAAAGGGAAUUGUUGACAUACUGAGCUUCACACAGGUGCCCUGCUGCUCCUGUGCUAGUUAGUUAUUGUGAAGCCAGCAAGUCGAUGAAAACCAAAAGCCAGCUCUCAGCUUGGGCCCGCUGCUUCUCUGGCAUCGGCCGGGAGCUGACCUGAGCCCUUCGAAGGCUGGGCUCUGCACUGGAGAGGUCCCGCCACUGCGAGGGCAGCUGGUCUGGGCAACUCAGCUGGGGAUGCGGGGUCGCAUCGAGCGGCUUGGCGCAGCCGGCCCUCUGCAGCAGGAGCUGGAGCGGGGGGCCGUGGGGUGUCACGAGAGAGCCUGCAGCAGAGCCCGUUCCCAAAGCUGCGCGGCAUACCUGCCUCCCUGGGCAGGGCUCAGCCAGGCGCCGCUGCAAGCACCCCGGGGGUGGUGGGGGCUGCGCCUCCACCCCCACGUCACAGCUUGGUACCAGACGUGCCCGGGGAAGGGAGAGGGGGAACCACGGUUGUCGGGGAGAAGCUCUGAGCCCACAGCCGUAAGAUGCUUUUUAGUGCUGUAUUAGUCCCUGCUUUUUAAAUUCCUUGUAAUAAAGUUUUAUCUAAUCAUGUCCCAAACCA